AUGGCAGAACCUGAAGACAAAGACGAACUUCUUUUCUCAGAAGACGAAAAGCCUUCAAUCAAUCUAAACAAAGAAUUCCUGUCGACUAUCUCGUUACUGAAUACAAACAUGCUUGCUGUAAACGAGUCGCUUAAGCAAUUUAGUACCCAAAGGCACACGGCAGAACCUGCCAGAAAAAGGCCACUUUUGUCAGACAAAGAAGGCCUGAACGACCAGCAGAAUGGUCAUCAAUCAGAUGCCGAUCAACUGCUGAACCAGCAG